GUUCAGCUGUCGUGUACGUCUUCAGUGAUACAUUUCCAAGCAGGUCUUUUAUUAAAUGUAUGAUUUCUUUUUAUUAAGUACAUGAUCUACUCUAGCAAAAUAGCCAUUGAAACCACUGAAGAAUCACUGGAAAAUGUUUUGGCAACAAGAUGAUCCGAAAGUAGUGGAUGAGGAGAUGCUACAACAGGCCAUAGAGGAACAGGGACCUAAAGGGCAGGCUGGCAAAAUAGCCAAGACAGAGGGUAUCCAGUAUGAGGAGGUGCUUCAGCUGCGAUUGAGCUACAGGAAAAUCCUGAAGAUUUGCCACCUGGGUCCUUUCACAUCUGUAACAAAACUGCAGCUGGAUAAUAAUGUUAUAGAGAGGAUCGAAGGAUUAGAAAACCUCACUAAUCUGGUCUGGCUGGAUCUGUCAUUCAAUAAUAUUGAACUGAUUGAAGGACUGGACACUCUUGUGAAACUUCAGGAUUUAAGUUUGUUCAACAACCGCAUUUCUGUCAUUGAAAACUUGGAUGCACUGCAAAACCUGCACAUCCUCUCUAUCGGAAAAAAUGCCAUCGCUCAACUUGAAAAUGUGAUAUACCUUAGAAAGUUUAAGAACCUACGCACUCUCAAUCUUGCUGGAAACCCCUUCUGUGAUGAUGAGAAUUACAAGAUCUUCGUGACAGCAUAUUUUCCAGACUUGGUGUAUCUUGACUACAGACUGCUGGAUCAACAAACACGGGAAAAAGCAUUUUCAAAGUAUCAAUAUGCUAUUGAGGAAAUGCAACACAAUGAGCUACAGGAGCAGCAAGCAAUGGAAGCCCAGAAGAUAAGCAACCAGGAGCUUCAGCUGCACAAGGAUGCAUUCGUGGAGUUCUUGAAUGGCCCUCAACUCUUUAACAGCAUGUUUACUGAUGAUCCGGAUGCAGCUAAACUGGCUCACCUCCCUGGAAUGGCUGAACUGCUGGAGUCAUAUCCUUGCAAAAUGGAAGAUCUCUGUACGCAGAUAUUUGAUGCAGGUUUGACUCAGCACUCUCGGAGAACAGAUGAGGUCGAAUUCUUUUUUAACUGUUCCCGUGAGGCAGUGGCUGAUAAUCAGCAGAAAGCAGCACAAAUAGCAGCUGACUUUGAAAACUCCAGGAGACAGACAGUAGUCGAAAUGCAACAGAUCACAGAUCAUAGUUUGCUCGAUGACAAGCUCGAUUCCUGUGAUGAAGAAAUCAACCAGCUCUCUGAAACCCUCAUGAUUCUGGAACUACAGCUAGUGGACCAACUGGAGGACAUCAUCAAAGACUUUGAGAGGAACAUCUCCGACAUGGUUGGAGGUUUCAUUGAAUAUGUGCAAGGGAUAUUUGCACAGUGCCGAGACCUGGAGAACCAGCAGCAUGAAAAACAACUGGAGAUUGCCUUGACAACACUGGAGCAGGUGGCCAAAAAUGAGCUAGAGGAUGAAAUGUCAGAUGAUGUGGCAAUGCUCUUUGUAGAUAAGGACACAGUGACCAAUGCAGUCAGUGCUUCCCACGACACCCACCUGCUGAAGAUUGACAACAGGGAGGAUGAGCUGCUAACACGAAUCAACAGCUGGAUGAGCAGGCUGCUUAAAUCAAUACAUGAUGAAGAGGUCAACAGGAAUCGCAAGCGCAUCUCAGAGAUUAAAAACUACAUUAGUUAUGUAAAAGAGCAGUUGGAGGACAUGCAACUGCCUGAGCAAAAAUAAGAAGAAAUGUUUAUUUUAUGUUAACUAAGACAACAAUGGCAAUUGCUCUAUGUAUGGAUUUUUAGAAGUAUGUAGUUGUAUUCUUUUUUUUCUGAUUAACUUUUGAGGUGCUUUUGACAAAAAAUGUGUUCAGAUACAGUUAUUUUUGUUAAUUUUGUGCAAUGCUGCCACCUACAGAGAAGUACCGGUGUUGUGGGCGGUAAGAGAGAGCGAGAGAGAGGUACAUAAAAGGGCAUUUCAAAUGGGGUGGA